UCAGAGGAUGUCAGUCUAGCAUGUAUGUUCCUUCCUCCGUGCUCCCAGGUGGAUACAGUGCGCUAAGAAUCCGCUGACAGCCAGCCAGCCAGCUGAGUGUGGGAAAGUCAUCAUCUCCUCGGUGCAGUCUCAUCGGCAUGGAUAAGGGGAUAGCAGUGGCAGCAGCCGGGGAGACCGCAGCUCGCCCCACGCCCAAAGCCCGCUUUGACAUCUGCCCUCAGUUUCUGCUGGCAAAUUUAACGGAGGGGAAUAAUAGCACAUUGAAUUAGUUAGACGGCUGCGGCAGUAAGCGAGACGUGGAAUCUUGAAAGCAGAUGGUGUCGGGCAAUAAAAUGUUGAUCACAGAAAUUAAGACUGUUUUUAAACUCAUCACAGUUAACAACAGAAAAUGCAAACUUCAGCAUCUACGAUACUGGAUCGCAACGUUUCUACAUUUUUUAACCAGGCAGAGACUGACCAUGGCUGAGGAUUCAGAGAAAACUGGAGAGAUAAACUGGAAGGACCGGUGUAUGACUCUUGAGUCACAGUUGCUCAAGUUUCGUGCGCAGGCCAGCAAAAUUCGAGAGCUUCUUGCAGAGAAGAUGCAACAAUUGGAAAGGCAAGUAAUCGAUGCCAACCGUCGUGCUGAGAAGGCUUACCAGCAGGUUUGUGUCAUGGAAGAGAAGCUAAAAACAGCCAAUAUCCAGACUGGUGAAUCAGAGAAUAAGUUGUUUAAGAGCUGUCAGGAGUUGGAAAUUCUUAUACAGGAAAAAGAUGAUAUCAUACAGCGUUUAGAGCUGCAGCUAGAUGAACAGAAGCACCUACGGAUGCAGGAGGCCAAAAUAAUUGAGGAGAAAGCAGCUAAAAUCAAGGAUUGGGUGACAAUGAAACUUCAGGAGCUUGAAACUGAAAAUCAGAGUUUUAAGCUUACCAACCAGCAACAGGUGGAACACAUUCAGAUCCUUCAGACCAAAUUACAAGCACUGACAGGGAGUCGAGGACAAAAAGCAUCAUCUGACUUGAGCAAAACAUCAGGGGAAGCACAACGGCUUAGCAGCCUAACUUUUGGAUAUUUUAAAGGAAACCCCAGAAGUCUUCAGCAGAAUACCCUAGAACCAGGGUCACUGAACAUAAAAAUUACAGAAAAUGAAAUGAACAAGAAGCCACAAAUGAAUUCUGUUCAAAAUACCGCAACAGAUCAAAGGGGUUUUGCUCAAAACUAUUAUGUAUCUGAGGUACAAGAUAGAAAAAGACUAACUAGCCAACAAACUUUAACAAAAGAAGAUGCAACUUUUAAAUCUUUAAGUGAUGGUAGUUCUGAUGAAGAAGAUGAGAGAAAAAAGCAUCUAAAAUCCAAAUGUUUGUCCAACAUCUGUAAUCACCUUGGGAGUGACAUCUGUUUGACAGCAUCUGGUGACAAUAACUCUGCUUUCGAUAAUGAGAGUGCAGUAGUUCAGCGAACUGAACAAGAACAGCCUUUUCAAGGUCCAAAUACUGAAACACUGCAAGUAGUGGAUUAUUUUCCAAGCAUAAUAAAGAACUCUAAAACAAUUAUUAAAGGAAUGGAUCAUGAUACUUCCGCUGAUGAGUUGAACAAGAAAUUUGAAUCCCAAAGACUGGAUUCGACAUCAUCAUCCAGUGGAACAAAUACUCCAAACCUAAUUCUAACAUCUCCACUUACACCACAGCAUCUAACCCCAACAACUGCCACCAAUGACCAGACCAUGCAGUCCUUAAUUGGAGCAAAUUCAUCUUCUAACUUAGCACCUCCAAGAUUAAGGACUCCUAAUGUAUUUAGUUUAAGCAUGGCCAAAUCAAAGAAACACUUUAGCCAACCACAAUUAAAUACUGAUCGAUUGUUUGGCAGAAACCGAAAUGCUAUUAGUAUGGUGAGGCCAAUUUGUCAUGAAGAGACGGACAUCGAUGUCGAUGAAGGUGGAGAUGAUAUUCUGGAGAAAAUGGAAACAGGCCACGAUGAGGAAAUGUUUUUGUAUGAUUCAUCUGAAGGACAAAUUACAGAGGAGAAACUGGAAACCGAGGACACCGCAGGCAAAGUUUCCACCAGCAAGCCACCAACACCUCCUCUACACAGAUUCCCUUCUUGGGAAAACAGAAUUUAUGCAGUGGCCAAGUCAGGUAUGAGGAUGUCAGAGGCCGUUUGUACAGACCCAGGUAACAAAUGCACUAGCUUCGUGUCUUCAAAUUCAACAUCCGCAUCUUAUACCAGCUUGAUUUAUAAGAGUAUGACCUCUCCAGUUUACACUACUUUGAAAGGGAAAGCAACUCAGAUUAGUACAAGUCCUUUCUCAGAUGAGUUUUCUGAAACUGAAGAAAGUGACAGCUCCAGAGGAAGUUCCAGGACUUCACUGACAGGAUCAGACUCUCGCAAAGGCAGUAGUCCAAGCAGUCCACGGGCCAUGAAACGAGGAGUAUCAAUGUCCUCUAUGACCUCGGAAAGUGAUUAUGCCAUCCCACCAGAUGCAUACUGUACAGACACAGAAUGUUCUGAGCCGGAACAGAAACUUCCGAAAACAUGUUCUUCCCACUCCAUCGACAGUGGGAAAAAUGAACCAUUAGAAAAGUCUGGAUAUUUGUUAAAAUUGGGAGGAAAAGUGAAAACAUGGAAACGGCGAUGGUUUGUCCUUAAAGGUGGUGAAUUGCUGUACUACAAAUCACCAAGUGAUGUCAUCCGUAAACCACAGGGUCAGAUUGAGCUCAAUGUCUCAAAUCACAUUAUCAGGUGUGAUGGAAAACAAACAAUUCAGCUCAUUACAGAAAAGAAGACCUACUAUCUGACUGCAGAUUCUCCAAAUAUUCUUGAGGAAUGGAUUCGGGUUUUGCAGAAUGUGUUGCGUGUACAAGCUGCCAGCCCCCUUUUCACACAGCCAGAUGUCAAGCCAUCGAUUGAAGGUUUACUAACCAAGGUAAAGCAUGGUUACUCCAAGAGAGUCUGGUGUGCACUUGUUGGAAAGAUUCUCUAUUAUUUCCGUAAUCAUGAAAAUAAGUUUCCAUUAGGUCAGAUAAACUUGGUGGAAGCAAGAGUUGAAGAAGUAGACAGAUCAUGUGAUUCGGACGAAGACUAUGAGACCAGCAGUUGUAGCCUUCUGUCUACACAUUAUACAAUUACUAUACAUCCCAAAGAGCAGGGGCCUACCUAUCUCCUCAUUGGCUCCAAACAUGAAAAGGAUACUUGGUUGUAUCAACUAACUGUAGCUGCAGGCAGCACUAAUGUAAAUGUGGGAACUGAAUUUGAACAACUCGUUGGCAACCUGUUUAAUGCAGACAGUGAUACCUACUCCCAGUUGUGGUCACACCCUACGCUGUGCUUUAGUAAAGAUGGAAUAGCGUCUCCCCUUACCACAUUACCAUCUGUGGCUCUACAGACUGAAGCACUCAAACUGUUUAAGACUUCUCAGUUAUUCAUCAAUGUUGCUAUUGAUGCCCCUGCCAUUGAUUAUCAUGUGUCAUUGGCUCAGAGUGUUUUACAAGUGUGUCUCACACAUAAAGAGUUGCAAAAUGAAAUCUACUGUCAAUUAAUCAAGCAAACAAGAAAGCGACAAACCCAGAACCAAUGUGCAUCCAUACAGGGGUGGCAGUUCUUGGCUCUGUGUGUUGGCCUUUUCCUUCCUCAGCAUCCUUUCCUUUGGUUGCUCAAACAUCAUCUACAGCAAAAUGCAGAACCUAGGACGGAAGUAGGAAAGUAUGCCAUAUACUGCCAACGGUCAAUGGAGAGAACUGAGAAAAAUGGUGAUCGUGUAUCAAAGCCUUCUAGAAUGGAAAUCCUAUCAAUCCUCUUGAGAAAUCCUUAUCAUCAUUCCUUACCUUUCAGCAUUCCUGUACAUUUCAUGAAUGGCACAUACCAAGUUGUGGGAUUUGAUGCAUCUACCACGGUGGAAGAAUUUCUUCACACUCUGAAUCAAGACAUUGGCAUGAGGAAACCAGUGCAAUCUGGAUUCUUUCUUUUCACAGAUGAUCCCUCAGGAAAUGACCAAGAACACUGUCCUCAAGGAAGCAUAAAGAUUUGUGAUAUAAUAUGCAAGUGGGAGCAGGCCUCCAAGGAACAACAUCCUGGCAAAUUUGAGGGAACUAGAACUGUCCGGCUCACCUAUAAGAAUAGACUCUACUUCUCUUCCCAAGCUCGUGGAGAGACAGACAGAGAAAAACUAUUGCUGAUGUACCAAACAAAUGUUGAAAUUGUCAAUGGACACUUUCCUGUAAACAAGGAACUUGCAUUAGAAAUGGCAGCACUACUGGCUCAGGUGGAAUUUGGAGACUUUGAACGACCAUUCACAAGUCCAGCAGCUCAGGUCUCGGUGCAAUCCAAAUCAAACCAAACUCUGAAGCAAGUAAUAGAGAAAUUUUAUCCGAAAAGAUACAAACAAGGCUGUACAGAUGAGCAAAUUAAACAACUAUGUCAGCGACUUUCAACUAAAUGGAUGGCUCUUCGAGGACGUGCUACUGCUGACUGUGUGCGCAUUUACUUUACUGUAGCCAGGAAAUGGCCGUUUUUUGGAGCAAAACUGUUUGCAACAAAGACUAUUGCUCCACCACUAUCUGACACUGCACCCAUUUGGUUAGCUGUGAAUGAGAAUGGAAUCAGCACAUUGGAAUACAGCUCUAUGCGCUUGAUAACAACAUAUGCAUACAAGAGUAUCAUGACCUUUGGAGGCUGUUGUGAUGAUUUUAUGCUUGUAGUUGGAAAAACAGCAGAUGGUGGAGGUACUAAAGGCAAACCAACACAAAAACUUCUGUUUUCCAUGCCUAAACCGAAGGUGACUGGACUUUGAAGACUGCACUGACUCAUAUAGCAACCUUGGACCAGGCUGGCUUGGGUCCUGGCCUCUUGUACCAGUCCUAGUGGGAGAGGACAUGACUACUCUACCACCCCAUCCACCAGAAUCUUCAGGUCCCUGUCUGCAAAGCAGGGGGUGCCAAUUUCCACUUGCCUGCCAUGUCUGGGAUGAAUGUCUGCAACCAUGCAGGGCUGCUCCAGACUACCAGAGCUUGAGCAGGUGCACAACGGCCUUUUAAAUAUAGCAUUGGCACCAAGGUCACCAGUGGUGAUUAUUUCCAGUUACAAUGAGUGAGAGAUUCGGGCUAGCAUCAGAUGAGAUGUGUGCAGUUGGGACACGCUAUCCACUUAAUGAAACAAGUUUGGGAUGAUUACACAAGAAAAUCUGCUUAAAGUUUUUGAGAAGAUUUGU